CUGAGACCAUCCAGAAACCUCCAGCUCCUUCCCUCCACCAUGCAGGUCACUGCGGCUCUGAUGUGCGUGCUGAUUACAGCUGCUGCCUUCAGCUCCCCUGUGCGGGCUCAUCCAGCUGUUGUCCCAGCUCCCUGCUGCUUUGUUAUGUCCGCUAAGAAGAUCCCCACCCAGCGACUUGGGGGCUACAGAAAAAUCUCUAACAGCAAAUGUCCACUGCAGGCCGUGAUCUUCAAGACCAAACUGGGCAAGGAGAUCUGUACUGACCCCAAACAGAAGUGGGUCCAGGACUCCAUGAAGCACCUGGACCAAAAAUCCAAAAUCCCAAAACCAUAAAGAGUCACCACUUUUGAGACUAAACAAAAGCCUCAGGCUUUUCUAAAAAUGCUUGACUUAUUUUACUUUCCUAGGAAAUGUUCUGAGAUAAUCUCAUUCCCAAAGGAAUGGGUUUUAUUUAGCAAUAAAUGGGGUUGGAAAUCAGUGUGUAAAGUAAAAUGAGACAGACUAACAUAAAAGACAAAUAUUACAUGAUAUCAAAGGGAUCAUAUGCACGAUAUUUACAAUAGGCAUGAAAGUAAAUGUGGGUCUA